GGAUCAACUUGCACGAGGCUCUCUUCGCUGCGCCGCCCGCCUCCCAAGCCGUGGAGCCCCAGCACUCCGGAAGCAUCGCUCGGCUCGCGUCAGACGCGUUGAGCAGCACGUGGGCGGGCGAUAUGCAUAGCGAGGAUGCGAGCCACGGGAUGUGGGACCGACCACCGUCCCUCGCGUCGAUCGCGGGCCGAUGCUCGAGGACCUCGCGCGCGAUGUGGGAGGCCUGCAUGGCGGCCUCGCGCUGCCCUCCGCGGCUCCGCACUCCCACUGGCCUCCCCCCCCUCUCUACCCUCCGGAGCCUGGCGUCGAGUUUGCGGCCGAGCUGAACGGCGCGUGGGCAGAGGCGGAGAGCAACGUGCCGGCUGCCGGGGGUGGAGGGGGCGGAGUCUGCGCUGGCGGUCGGGGACUACGUCAAGGUCGUGGAGGCCCUCGCACGGCAGUGCCCGGACACGCGCGGCGUUAAAUUCCGCAUCGACCGCUUCAAGGACUCCACGCGCGCGUACUGCUCCUCUCGCUACCCGUACCCCCAUCCGCGCUGUGAAGUGUGAAGAGAGGCGCGUGUGUACACGAGCAGCACCUCGCGGACGGAGGCGGACGAGGCCGCCGCUAUGCCCCCAUAGAGCCGUACACACAUGCCGAUUAUUCACUUUGACCCAUCAUUCAAUACAAUCAUUUUCAUAUCAUGC